AUGCGGUUAUUGUUUGGCAUCUCCGUUGCAAUAUUCGGAUUCAUUUAUCAAACCAGCGGUAUAAAUGUCCCAUACUCGGACAUGUACCUUCCAGUUGCAACCAAUGGCUUCGUAUGUCGAACAGACUUCUUUACAAUCCAUCAUCUACGAGAAGCAGCUGAAAAUGCUAUGGAAUCAACUUUCUUUAAAGAAUAUUAUCGACAUUUUCCGAGAAUAUUUGAGGAUACGCAUCUAUUUAAUGUUAAAUCAGACAUCCUUCUUUCGUGGCCUGUUAUGUCCACUGGGAAAAUCUAUCACGCAGGGAAACCAGGGAGAGUUCGCCUAAUCAUAAACAUUAGAGGUCAAAUUAUGGGUUUGAUGAUGAUUAACUCCAAGAUCCAAGGCCAUAAUAUUAGUUUCGAGAAAUGCAAUCCGGUACGCAGGUCUCUUCAAGAAGAAGAUGAUGAAGAAAACUUUUUGAAUCAAAACUGGAGUGUAACUAGACCGACGUUUGGAUACAGUUGUGGCUUAAAAUUCAUUUCAGUGUCCACGGUUGAUGGAUUAAUGGAAAUAGCCUCAAAUAGUAAUUUCCUACACAAAUCGACAGGAAGGGCCAAGCUUGCUAACCUUGAAAAAUUUAUGGGCGAUGAUUUUCUAGGAGAUGAUCUGUACUCUUUCCCAGUGCAUCAAACCUUAACUGAUAAGAUCACUAAUGGGGCGCCUGGUCCUUUUCGUGUUAUUUUUGAUAUGAAAAAUUCUGAGUUGAAAGGAAUUAUAAAUUUAGAAGAUAGGAAUGAAAAAUGUGUAACUUUAUGGGAUUUAUCAUCUACUUCAUCAGGUAUCACUUACAGCCCGUCCUCCGUAUUAAAUCUCGAGACUAUGCAGGAAAGUUAUUGGCACGAUACUUGUUUUGGAUAUAAGUUUAAGACGAAAACAAUAUUGCUUUACUUAGAGUUCGUCUUGAAAGAGUGGGAGUCAAAAUUGAAUGGGAGAAAACUCAAUUUCCCUUAUUUACUGAAGAAUAGUGUUAAGCUUUGGCCCAUGAGAACUCCAGAAAGUCAUGAUAACUAUAUAGCAAUCUAUGAUGCGUUCGCGAUAGGCUAUGAUAUCGAACAAGCUACCUACGGCAUAUAUCGUGCGAAGGUGCGGGUGGGUAACUUCAUUACGGCCGAACUAUGUCUAAAAUUUUCUCACGACCAUGUUCAUAAUAUACAGAGAAUUCUCGGUCCAGCUGCGCUAUAG